CUUGCCACAAGAGUCGGGAAUAUGGAGGCUGAGUCCGACAAAGGAAAACUUACGAGCCAGCCUGAGCAAGCCAAGGCAAUAACGGUGUUGAGAAGCGGGAAAGAAGUUGACAACAAGGUGAAAAUGCCCGAGCCCGAUGACCUCAAACCAACCGACCAGCCCAAAGAGACCGAUGACAGCGCAAAGAGCACAGAUACCAAUUUGGGAAAACUGACAAAGA